AUGUCAUAUAGUCUAGGAGCAAACACACUAAAGGUGUCAGCAAAGCUUUUUGCGGAGAACAGAUCUCGCCUUGUGGCCGCAUUGAAGGAAAAAGUUGUCCCUGGCAGUGUUGUGCUGUUGCAAGGUGGAACUGAGAAGAACCGAUAUAAUACAGAUGCAGAGGACCUGCCCUUUAGACAGGAGUCUUACUUCUUUUGGACUUUCGGUGUGCAUGAGAGUGAUUUCUUUGGUGUGAUCGAUGUUGAUACUGGAAAAUCGUGUUUGUUCCCUCCCACAUUGGAUCCUUCAUAUGCCAUAUGGGAUGGAAAUGUUGUGCUGUUGCAAGGUGGAACUGAGAAGAACCGAUAUAAUACAGAUGCAGAGGACCUGCCUUUCAGACAGGAGUCUUACUUCUUCUGGACUUUCGGUGUGCAUGAGAGUGACUUCUUUGGCGUGAUUGAUGUUGAUUCUGGGAAAUCGUGUUUGUUCCCUCCUACGUUGGACCCUUCAUAUGCGAUAUGGGAUGGAAAGAUAAAUAACGAGGACUAUUUCAAAAGCAGAUAUGAAGUAGACGAAGUCCAUUUCAAUAAAGAAAAGGUGAUAGCGGAUUAUCUCCGUAAGCAUAAUGCGAAGAGUGUUCUGUUACUUAGAGCUGAAAACUCUGAUAGUGGAAAUGUUUUGGAGCCUGCAACAUUUGAAGGAAAGGAAGAGUUCAACAUUGAUACAAAAAUGUUAUACCCUGUUAUGGCUGACCUGCGCGUUUUCAAAACAGAUCGGGAGCUACAAGUUAGAUAA